AUGAGCUCAUCUACUUCCAUCGGCCCUUCGCCGCCAGGCGCACCCAUUCGUUUGAGCACCAGCUCGUCCCCACCGCCCUCAAUGUCCUCCGCCAGCGAUUCUCCCUUAACAACACCCAAUUUUGAUUCAAACAUCUUCUCGACUUCCGACUCACAAUCAGACAGUCGACGUAAUUCACACACAAGCCCCGAUGAUAUCAUACCAAAAGUCGAAGAGGCGGAGCUCGAUUUAGCAGAUGUCAAGGAAGAGACAGACGACACUCCUAUAUCUCCAACAGAACCCGUUCGAAUACGACGAGCUCGUGGUCGACCACGGAUUCAUCCGCCCCGCUCACCGACAACUCUUUCGAAACAAGCCAAGGCACGGUCGAAAACAGGUUGCACAACAUGCCGAAAACGAAAGAAGAAGUGCGAUGAAACUAAGCCCUUCUGCCUUUCGUGUCAGAAGAACAACAUCCACUGCGAAGGCUACAAGCCUCUAGAGAUCUGGAAGAGUGGCAAGGAAAGAGCAGCAGAAGCACGGAAACGAAGUGAGGACAUUCAAUUCGAUCUUCCUCCUCUGAUGGAAGGUGUUGAGAGUGACCUCGACCGUUCGCUCCUGCAACAUUUCGCCAAUCGAGCUAGUGCCGUCCUUACGCUGCACGGCGAUAAAGCAACGAACCCCUUCACCAAGAUCCUGUUGCCAAUGGCACUGCAACACGAGGGCUUGAUGCACUCAGUGCUGUGUUUGUCUGCUUCACACAUGUACUCCAUAAACCCCUCGCAAGAGUAUGAAGAUCGACAAGCAUUCCAUCGCGGCAAAGCAUUGCAACUCCUAAAACAUGACCUCGAGCGCCAGAAGGCCGGAGAAGGUGGAGUUAUGGUCUAUGAAGACUCCAAUGUAGCUCAGAUCCUGCUCCAUCUCCUUCACUCGAUCUGCGAUGGGAACACAUCUGGUGAAUACCGUAUGCACAUGGUCGCUGCGAAACAGAUUGCGAUGAGCCAAAAGUCUGCCAACCCAGAGUUCCAGUCACUCUUCGACGAGUUUUUCUACUACCACUGGAUUGCAAGCCAGAUUACUUCCAUGGACGGUACUGAUGUACCAAUGAUGGAUGACUUCAGCCUGCCGUUUAAGAUCAACCCCGAGACUGCCGGUCUUAUUGGUGUAUCCGAUGGCUUGUUUGGCUUCAUCUCUAAGAUCAGUAAUCUGAGACGACGACUGCGAUCUCGCAUCGACAACAAAGUCGAACCGACUAUGGACUAUGAAGCGUUACUUGCUGCACAUGCCAUCGAUUCAGGUUUGCGCGGCUGGGUCUGUCCGCAGACGCCAGGCACGCCUCGCUACACGAUCUCUAUGCUUUAUCGCCAGGCUACAUGGGUUUAUCUAUACCGCACAACAAAGAGCUCUGAUCCCCAUGCAUACAUCAAGAGCGCCGUAGACGACGGCAUACGGUACAUCAAUGAGCUGCCUGCUGAAGGGUGGAUUCAAAGCAACGUUCUUCUCCCGCUCUUUCUCAUUGGUUGCGCUGCAUUCGAACAGCAGCAGCGCAUCGAAAUCAACCGAGCGUUCGCUGGCCUUAUCGCUUGCACGGGCCUUGGGAACAUUGGCUUCGCAAAGGAAGUCGUUGACGACAUCUGGAAGCUCAUGGACGCUGGAGACCAAGAGUCUUGGGACUGGGAAAAAAUCAUCAACCAAAAGGGCUGGGACUUCCUUGCUACCUAA